AGGCGGGUCAGAUGAAAUGUACCGUGCUUGGACCGAAAUCGAUUUGUUCUUGGACUCAGUGCCUCGCUGGCUGAAGAUGGAAGCGUGACUGCUUCUAUUUAUAGAUCAUCGUAGUACUACUAGUAUACAUAGAUCAAGGCAUAGAUCGUACUCGUAGUACUUGUAGUUAUAGAUAGUACCAGUACGAUAAUAGUUAAACAAAUUGCUGCCGGACGCUGCUAGCAGAAGACAUUUAUUUUACAUAUCAUAAGAUGAAACACAGAAAUGCGAGUCUCUGUAAGUGUUGAUGCCUACUGCCUAGGGAAAAACGUAUCAUGAUAAGAAACACAUAACAAACUGUAUCUGUAAGUGUUGAUGCCUACUAGCUAGUAGGUAGAUGAGGCUGAACCAUAACACGGAGGAAUGACUCAUGACCAAUUAUUCCCUUAUAAGAAUUAUACGCAAGAAAUCCACAACGACGACCGUAGUUUUUUUGGUAGAAUAUAUAGCUACCUUCAGAACAGGUAAAUGAAUGAAUGAAUACAAGAACUGAACAAUAUUAGUAUUUAUAGUAUUAGCAAUUCCCAGAAAUCUCUUAAGGAGCUCCCUUAAGGCGCUUCCUUAAGGAGAUCAGUUUCCUUAAGGAAUUUUUAUUAUAAAAAGUUACUAUAACUUUCCUUAAGAGCAAAAAACUCCCUUAAGGAGGUCCCUUAAGG